AUGGUUCUCAGCUGGCUGCUGCUUCUGGUGAUGGCUCUGUCCCCAGCCACACUGGGUGUCAAGGAGUGCAUCUUCUGUGAGCUGACCGACUCCACGCAAUGCCCUGGCACCCUCAUGCACUGUGGUGAGGACGAGGACUGUUACACGGGCCAUGGGGUAGCCCCAGGCACCGGUCCAAUCAUCAACAAAGGCUGUGUACACUCCACCUCCUGCGGCCGUGAGCAGCCUGUCAACUACAAGGGCAUCACCUACAACCUCGUCAGCAACUGCUGCUCUGGCAACCUGUGUAACAAUGCCCAUGGCUCCACUGGCAGCCAAACGAUGGGGCUCACCCCCAGUCUGGAGCUGGGCUUGCUGUUGCUCCGACAUUUGCUGUGA